AUGUAUAAUAAUCUUGAAAAAUCUCGAAAGAGGCUUCAUUUAUCCUAUGUUUAUGCUUAUGGUGCAAGUGUCCAGGUCUCCAAACUCAACUUUACACCCAAAUUUAAAGUACCCACUUGGGAUAUUUCUGAUAUUAGUGCAUGUAAUGGUUUGCUUUGUUUAGUUGGACCCAAAAGAGAUGACCCUUUCUAUGUGUUCUACGUGUGUAACCCAAUUUUGGGUGAAUUUAUCACAAUUCAACCACCUUAUAAGGAUAGGUGUAGGGGUGAUUUUUGGGGGCUUAGUUAUUCAACUGUCACUAAUCAAUACAAACUUUUGCAAAGCUAUUAUCCUACAGAUGAAUUGAAUUGCCCAAUGGUUGAAAUAUACACCAUUGGGAGUGGUACAUGGAGAAGCAUAGUAAAUGCACCUACUGACUUUGUUUCUUUACGUUUCAAAGCUUUCUUGAAUGGAGCCCUUCACUGGUCGAAAUCUUCUCUUCGUGGUGAAUUCAUAAAUUCUUUUGACUUUGAUACUGAGCAGUUUGGGAUAGUUCCACCGCCUCAUCAUUUUCAAGAAUUGGAUAAGAGUUCUUCAGAAUGCACAAAGACUGGAGUGCUAGGAGGUUGUCUGUUUAUAUGUCACUAUCCAGAUUUCAUGCAAUUUGACAUUUGGGCUAUGAAGGAAUAUGGUGUCAAGGAGUCUUGGACCAAACAAUUUGUCGUUAAACAUGUUUACUCGGGUUCCUAUCAACCAAUACUUGUUUUGAGCAAUGGAGAAAUAUUCAUGUUGUCAAAUUACCCGAAAAGAACUUGUUACAACCAGAAGGGGAGAUAUUUACGAGGAGCUAAAUCCUUCUGGAUUCCCUCAAAAUUUGAUGCAAUUUCUUAUGCCCCAUGCUUUGUUUCUCUCUACAAUGUUGCAAAAGGAGAGCAAAUAUCCAGUUAUUAUAUCAUAAUCGUAGCGAUGCACCUUAUUAAUAGGAUUAGAGUGCGAGUUCAAAGUUUUCUUUCAUCACCUACAGCUUGA